CUAGUACCUUUUGUAAAAGUUGAGUACGAUAUUUCUUUCAGAACGAGGAGACGGUGUUGCUGGGUCUCGAUUUCUGCAGAGAACAUGAGCGUCCAAUGCAGGAGAGUUUUGUUGCAGAAAGUUGCCUGCAGAACGUCAGCCUGCUGGGGCUCGGAUGUGGGACUCAGGAAAGUAGCCCGGCAUAGCAAGGCGCUUUCUGAGGUGCGUUUCCUGGGCCCCUGGGCUGGCGGUCGAUCGCCAACCCGGCUCCCGAAGACAUCCUCCUUCUCCACACGAGUAGCAGCUGCUGCAGGCGACUAUGAGACUGUUUUCAGGGCGUCGGUGGAAGAGCCUGAGAAACUGUGGGCAGAGGCGGCUCAGGGCAUCGAGUGGCACAAACCCUGGACAAAAACCAUGGAGAGGAGGGACCCCUAUACCACCUCUUGGUUUGUUGGAGGAGAGCUGAAUAUUUGCUAUAAUGCUGUAGAUCGCCAUGUUUUGAAUGGACAAGGAGACCAGAUUGCUAUUAUCCAUGACAGUCCUGUAACAAAUACUAAAGAGGCUAUAACUUACAAAGAAGUUCUUGAACAGGUGUCCAAGCUGGCUGGAGUCAUGGUGAGCCAUGGUGUGAAGAAAGGGGAUACUGUUGUCAUCUACAUGCCCAUGAUUCCACAGACAAUGUACACUAUGUUAGCAUGUGCAAGAAUAGGAGCUAUACAUAGCCUCAUUUUUGGUGGGUUUGCUUCAAAAGAGCUGUCUGCUCGCAUUGAUCAUGCCAAG